CAAGCAAUGCAAAUAAGUGAAAAGGAAGAAGAUGAAAAUGAAAAAAGAGAAGAUCCAGGUGAUAACUGGGAAGAAGGUAGAGGUGGUGGUGGUGAUGUAGAAAAAUCUUCAGGUGCCUGGAAUAAAACAGCUCCCGUACAAGCAUCUCCUGCUCCAGUAGGUGUUACAGAAACCCCAGAACUGACAAUGACUAGAGGCGUGUAUAGGCCUCUUGGGGUCAGGUUGACCACAGCAAGGAAAGCACCACAAGGACCACUAGAAAUCUACAGUGAUACACAGUUCCCACCCCUGCAGUCCACUGCCAAGCAUGUAGAAAGCCAGAACAGGGAUAAAGAAAUGGAGAAGAGCUUUGAAGUAGUAAGACACAAAACUAGAGGUAGGGAUGAGGUUUCAAAAAACCAGGCCCUUAAACUUAGCUAG